UUCAUAACCUGCUUUAACAUAGGAAUAAGCGCAUUUUCUAAAUGUAUUUUUUGAUAAUUUAUUAUACAACAAAGACAGUAAUACAAGUGAUAAUAUACAAGUGAUAUUUAUAACAUCAAAAUGAUAAAUAGAAAUUUUGUAAGUUGCAGAAAGUAAAGUGAUUCCUGUGUUAUCUCUUAAACUGUUGAUUACGUAGAAACACCUUGCUUACUCUUAGCUCUCAAGUCAGAAUAACAAUAGAACUCAUUAUUUGCUGAGAUAAGGAAGUGGCCGUUAGGAUACAGAACCUCCCAACUUAGAGUUUAAAUGGAUCAAAGGAAUUUCAGCAAUGUUGAGAUGGUGUGGCAACCAACCGAAGAUUCCGCAGCUGAAAUGAAACAGUUUAAAAAUUCGAUAGAAUCUAAAUACAAUGUUAAAUUAAGAGACUUUUGGGAUUUGCACAAAUGGUCAGUUGAACAUCUACCAGAAUUUUGGACCGAAUUAUGGAACAAUGCAGGGAUAAUUUAUUCAAAGAAUUUUGAUCAAGUGAUUGAUCUAAAUAUUCCCAUGGAAGAUUCUCCUCUUUGGUUUGAAGGCGCAAGACUCAAUUUUGCUGAGAACUUAUUAAAAUUUAGAGAUGAUCAUGUGGCUUUGAUCUCGGCAGGUGAGGACAGCGAAACCAAAAGAACCACUUACGCUGAAAUGUAUGAAGAAGCCACCUUGUAUGGUGCUGCUUUCCGAAAAUUUGGAUUGAAGAAGGGAGAUAUCGUUGUUUGUUAUUUGUCUAACAGACGAGAAGCCAUUUUUGCCAUGCUUGGUGCUGUGAGCAUUGGAGCUAUUUUUACAGGAGCUUUACCGCAAUUAGGAGCUGAGGCAGUCAUCAACCGUUUCAAGCAAGUAAAACCUAAGAUCCUUUUCACGAUAGACAGGUUCAAGUAUAAUAAAAUGGAAAUUGAAAUGCUGACAAAGGUGAAAGAGAUUGCAGAUGGACUAUCUGAUCUUCAGAAAAUCGUUAUCGUGCCUUCGAAGGAGGACUCUAAAUUCAAAGAUGUGAGCAAAAUCCAGAACAGCUGUUUCUUAGAAGAGUUCCUGGAAAUGGGUAAAGAGCCCGAUGGCACUGUUCCGCCUUUAAAAUUCGAGCAAGUCUCGUUCUCGCAUCCUGUAUUCAUCAGUUAUACAUCCGGUACCUCGGGAUUACCUAAGCCCUUAAUCAGCUCAUUCGGGAUUCUUUUGACCACUGCAAGACUUUGGAACAUAUGGGAAACCUAACAGAGAAGUCGUUUGGCUCUCUAUUUCACCAGUAGGAUGGGCUUCUUGGAAUAUGUAUACGAAUAUGCUGUUCAUAGGUUGUACUCUUGUCCUAUUCGAAGGACAUCCUUAUUUCCUCAGCCCAACUUUUCUAUGGGAUAUGGUUGAUGAACUGGAAAUUUCUCAUCUUU